AUGUUUAUGGAUAUGGCGUUUGAGGUGCCGUGGGAGAGGUAUAAGGAUCAUAAUUUUUUGAUGCACGGGUGGAGCGAGAUGGUGUAUGAUCAGAAGACCUGGAUUGGGUUGAAUACUUGGAGCUUCUUUUUGAGGAACUAUCAAUGGUCUUUAGAUAUUCUUAAUACGUGGGCAUCAAUAAGACCGAAAGGGAAGGUCACGGAGGAAGCUGGGAAGCUUUUGACUCAGGAGCUUAAGGAUCGUCCAACCUUUAAAGAUGAUGAUCAGUCGGCUAUGGUGUACAUACGUGCGACGCAGAAGUAUAAGUGGGGCGAUAAAGUUUAUCUCGAGAAUAUGUAUUAUUUGCACGGUUAUUGUGGAAUCCUAGUCGAUUGGUAUGAGGAGAUGAUCAAGAAUUACCAUCCGAGUUUUGGUGAUCAUAGUUGGCCACUUGUGACUUGCUUUGUAGGUUGUAAACCUUGUGGGAAGUUUGGUGAUUAUCCGGUGGAGAAGUGUUUGAAGCAAAUGGAUCGUGCAUUUAACUUUUUGGAUAAUCAGAUUCUGCAAAUGUACAGAUUCACGGUUAGAAUUAAUGCUUCCACGUAA